GUCGGAAUAUUUCGUAUGUUAAUGAACAACGACGUUCCGGUUAUCUCUCCUGCUGCGGUCUGCGUCACCCAGUCCAAAGUGUGAUUUUUAUUGUUUUAUUUUUAAUUAUUAUGCACUGGAACUGACUUGUAUUUCUCAUGGCUGUCCCGUGGAAAAGUAAUUUAUUAGUCGAAUCACAGGAGAAAAGGUGAGCUUUGGCCAUGGAGGCUGUCUGGCGACACUGCUUGAUCCUGACGGUGGUAACAACAUGGACGGGUGUGUGUGUGACCCAUGCAAAGCAAACAAAAUGGCCUUUAUAUUCCCAGACACCGGUUCUCCUGGUUUGGAAUGCCCCCACGCAGGACUGCGCCCCGAGGCAUGGUGUCACUUUACCCUUGGACCAGUUUGACAUUGUGGCCUCUCCCAACGAGGGCUUCGUCCGGCAAAACCUGACCAUAUUUUACAAGGAGCGCCUUGGCCUUUACCCUUAUUACGAGCGUGAUGGCACUACAGUUAACGGAGGCCUUCCGCAGCUUGCAAGCCUGUCUGAACACUAUGAUAAAAUGCCAGAAGGUGUGCAGAAAUACAUACGGGAGCCAGGGACCAAAGGUUUGGCUGUUAUUGACUGGGAAGAGUGGCGCCCACUGUGGAUCAGGAACUGGGAUUCUAAAGACAUCUAUCGAAGUAAAUCCCGGGAGAUGGUGCUUAAAAAGAACCCAACGUGGAGCCAGGAGCAAGUUGCAAAAGUGGCCCAGCAGGAGUUUGAGCUGUCCGCUCGUAAAUUCAUGCUGGAGACGCUGAAACUUGCAAAGAAUUUGAGGCCCAAUCAACUGUGGGGCUUCUACUUGUUUCCAGAUUGCUACAACCACGACUACAGGAACGGUCUGAAGAACUACACGGGCCGCUGCCCCACGCUAGAGAUGGGCCGUAACGACCAGCUCAACUGGCUGUGGAUGGAGUGCACGGCGCUUUUCCCCUCAAUAUACAUGGGAUCCGUGCUGCGCUCCACGCAUUAUGGGCGCCUCUUCGUGCGGAACAGGGUGAAGGAAGCCAUGCGCCUGGCGUCUGUUGGGGAUGGAUUGGCACGCCCGGUUUUCGUUUACACCAGACCUACUUACAUCAAUCAGAUGGCCCUCCUCACUGAGACAGAUCUGGUGUCCACCAUCGGUGAGAGUAUUGCACUGGGAGUGGAGGGAGUCAUCUUCUGGGGGGACUCGUCCUACUCGAGCGACAGCAGCUGCUCAGCCCUGAAAGACUAUCUCAACGGAGCGCUGGGCCGCUACCUGCUCAACGUGUCCACGGCGGCGCAACAGUGCAGUCGGGCGCGGUGCAACCUGCACGGCCGCUGUCUGCGCAGUCAACCAGACGACGACACGUAUUUGCACCUCAGCCCGUCCACGCACAGCUUCAGCAGGCAGGGCGGCCGUCUGAAGGUGAGCGGCGAGCCUGGCGAGGCCGAGCUGGCUCUUUUCCGUCAACACUUCCAGUGCCAGUGCUACACCGGUUACCAGGGGGAGGCCUGUGCGCUGAGAGCCAAAGGGCAGAAUAAAGCCCCCUCUGUUCUCUUGGGUUGCUUCUUACUCCCACUAGGACUCCUCACUCUGCUACAGUAAGGAAAUGAAGCAACCCAAAAUACUCACUGCUUAUGCCAAACAACAACACAAAACAACAACAAUAGUUGGGCUGUUUGACAUGAAAUUGCAUCAUACUGUUGCUGAAUCAGCAGUAGAUUGUUCACUUCCUAAAGUAGUCAGGUUUUCAAAAUAUGGUCUUCUUUUUCAUUCGCCCGCACAGCAUCCUCCUAGAAGAGUAAUGCGAGUAUGAGUCGAGCUUUACGAGAAGCUCUCCAAUUGCUCGACCAGAUUCUGCAGCCAUUUGUUUUGCAACUACUUGUAACUUUGUUAAAAAUCCAUACGUUCCUGUCAGGCCACAUGAGCCAUGCUGUCCUUGACCUCCAGACGGAGAUACACUUUCUCUUGACCACAAUGUGUUUGUGAGAUUGAUAUUCUUUUUAGUUUUAUUUCUUAAUACUGGAAACAGGAGUGGAAGCAUUGUACGUAAAAAUAACUGCACUUUUAAGGUUUUAUUGCUGCAGAGAGUCAACACAUUUGAAUGUUGCUCGAUCACUUUGACUGUCUAAAUUCUGAACAUUUCAUUGUGCCAGAAUGUGCUAAAUUAUUACAAACUAUACAGAUGUUUUCACCAAGUUAUCUAAAAUAUUAUAUUUUCAGCAUUUUACAUAACACAUCUGCAUUUUCAUUUUGUCUUACAUGGAAACAUGAAACCAACACCCCGCCCCCAAGCCCCAAGCCCCAACCCCCACCAACUUAUUCUCCUACUUCAGCCGACAUUUUUGUUUCUUGAAUUCUAUCUUUGUUAAAAAACAAACAACAAAAACGGUAAACUAUAGCUUGAUCAUGACAUGGCUGUAUAUGUGCUUGUUAUUAUUAAUUAUCCAAUACAAUGUGGCUGGACCUGUACUGUUUUAUAAAAGAAAUGUGAUGUUACAGUCAAGAGUUUCUUUAUGUUUACAGGUGCCAUUAAUGAAGAUUUUAAUGCAGUGUUCAUCUCAGCCUUCUAUUGGUUUACAGUGUCUUGUAACAGUCCAAAUGCCUUUCAGUUUUUCAUAGGAAAAUGUAUUUUGAGGAAGAAAGUAAAAGUUAUGAAGCCUUUAAAUGAUGAAUAUAUCCUUUCCUGCAGAGCUGUGAGACUUUAGAAGAAAUUUACAGUAAUGCAUCCUCUAGUCCUGCUUUGAAAAAAGUCAGUACCUCUUUUAAUAUAUAUAUUUUUUUAUUUGACAAACCUGUUUUAUUGACUUUAUAUUGUAGUACAUGUAUCAUUUGGGUUCCAUUUCAAGUUAAGUGCUUGCAUGUUUCCUGACCGAGUUUCUGCAAAUUCAGCUGUGACAACAGCAUCGAUUGAAGCUACAUCAUCAUACAACAGACAGUAUAUUUGUUUAGUCAUUGUUAGCUCGAGCUAGCUGGACAGUUUAUGUCUACAAUAGAUUCUGCAUUUAUUCUCGAUGCCAAUUGGCAAGAGUAUUUAGCCACCUGAAUGUGUUGGGGUAAAUGGAAUAUUACAAAUGCUAUGAUGCAACAGAAUGUUUACGAUGCUGCAAACUUUAUGGAAUUCUGCACUUUAACAUGUUUUCUGUUGAGCUAGAGGCUGCUGCGUAAAGUUUGUACAGGGACUAAGAAGAGUGCAUUGUCAUGUAUGGUCUUUUUCAUUUGGUAUUUACAUUGUUUUGGGGGAGUUUUGCAAGUUUAAUUUUGCUCAAAUAUAUUGUUAAAAACUUUUGAUUGCAUGUUUUUAAUGCAGUAUCUGACUAUAUUAAGUGUUCUUAUUUC